GAGGUUUUUAAAAUUGGAAUUUAAGUUUCCAAUUGCGAAGACAUUUUAGAAAAUGUCAAGUCGUAGGCUCUAUAUAUGAGAGAUUAUACAUUUGGGCACCCACAAUCUCUUUCCAUUUAUCCCGUCUCCCCUCUUUAUGUUUGCCCAGAAGCUCUUCAUAGAUUCUCUGCGGUCUUUGAGCACCCGUUUCCAACUUGCAACAAGGGAUGGCGGAAGCUUCUCAGUCAGCUGAAAUUGGAACAGGUCACGAUGCAUCAAUUACUACACAAAACGGCCGCGCAAGCAAGGGGCAGAAAAUCCUCGAGGCGUCUCCCCAACCACUUGAGGGGAUGUCAGCAAAAGGAAGUUGCAAUGUAUCAGUUGCUAUACAAAAAGCUCGCGAAAGUUUAGAGCAGAACCUGACUUUACCGGAUACAACGCCAAGGAAGAAAAUCCUCAGAGUACCUCCCCAACCACUCGAGGUAAAUAAAAAAGCCUAUGAACCUUAUGUCAUUUCUAUCGGUCCAUACCAUCGGGGUAAAGACCAAUUGAAGAAAAUGGAAGGAAAAAAGGUGCAAUAUUUAAAUGGGCUUCUUCAAAGUACAGGACAAAGUGUUGAAAUAUAUCUAUCAGCAAUAGGAAAGGUGGUGGUAGAAGCUCAAAAUUGUUAUUCAGAAUCUUUAGCUCUUCCAUUGAAAGAAUUUAUAGAAAUGAUGGUCCUUGAUGGAUGUUUUGUUAUUCAGCUAGUCAUGGGAACCUUGGGGGAUUCGUUUCAGCGCGAUGGUUGGAUCUAUGAAAGCAUUUUGCGUGAUUUGGUUCUAGUUGAGAAUCAACUACCCUUUUUUGUACUACGUCAGUUACUAGACGAAAUCCCAAUAACGUUCUUCAAAUUGGAGCCGUCUACGGAUCUAAAAAGCCAGUUUAUCUGUAAGUUAAUUGAAUUGUAUAAACCUAGCAUGCCAGGGCUCAAGUUUAACAGAAACCCCGACUACUAUUCCUCGGAAAAUGUCAUGCACAUAGUACAUUUAUUGCACUCCAAUUGGCGUCCUUCAGACGAGGCAAUGGAUAAAUACAAAGAGGUGCACGAAAAAGAUGGGAAGUGGGAUCCUAUAUGUUCUGCUGCAGAACUAAAAGAGGCAGGAAUUGAGUUCAAAGUCGUUGGGACAGAAGGGAGGAGCUUAUUUGAUAUCAAUUUUGAAAAAGGUAGAUUAGAGAUGACAAAAUUGACUAUUGACGAUGAUACGGAGAGUUUGUAUCGUAACCUCAUUGCCUGUGAACAGUUUGACUAUACGUAUCCAGCAUUUUUGACUGAAUAUGUUGUACUCAUGGAUUCCCUAAUCAACUCAGCGAAGGAUGUGGAGAUACUUUGUAAGAGUGGGAUAAUUGAUAAUUGGUUAGGCGAUAAUGAAUCAGCUGCUGUAUUGUUCAACAGGCUCAGUGGUCAUGCUAAUUUCUACAAAGAAGAAUUCUUUUAUGCCCAGUUAUUUAAGGAUGUCAACAAGCAUUACAAAACACGCUGGAAGACAUGGAAGGCAAACUUAUGCCACAAGUACUUCAGCAAUCCGUGGUCUAUUAUCUCCUUUCUUGCCGCAGCUUUGUUGAUUCUGCUUACAAUGCUACAAACUACAUUCACAAUCUUCCCUCGGUCUUGAAAUUUGAAAGUGCAAGAGACCCAAGAUCAAAUGGUAUGACCAAAAUGUAUGAGAAAUACAAGUUUUACAUAGACCGGUAGCUGGAAAGGGUUUGCCACGUUCUGUUUUCCGUAAUUACCCUAGUGUAUUGUAUUGUGUUGUAUGUUGCUUUUUAAGGUGGUUUUACUAUUGUUACCGUCUUUUCUUUAGGUUUGUUUUGUUGGGUUCCUUUAAGUUUGUAAGUUGUAAGAGCCCUGUUAAAGAUUGUUGCUGCCUAGAUUUGUUUCAAAUUUGCAGUAUGGUGUUUCAUUGUCUUUCAAAAAAGGUAUUAGAUUUUG